ACUAUCCGAAACAUCAUUGAUUCCGUUCCUAAUUGUUUUUAUAAUUCGAAAGCAGAGUAAACGGACGAACUAUAUGAAGGAGUUCGACAUUAUUUGAUUUUUGUGCUUCGGAAUUUGAUUUGAUAUAUAAAAUUGCUUGAUGCACAAUUCGCCCUCUUCCGCGUUGGUCUGCGUUAUCACUCGACAUUCGCGUUGAAACCACCGCAAUAACUGCCGCCGCGGCGUUUCUGCUUUGUCUCGUCGGUUGUACCGGUCGCUGUCUCCACCGCAUUUAAGGAGGUAAUUGUUUUCACCGCCGCAGAGUCACGGAAUUCACUCAUGUCCUCAUCGGAGCAAGCCCUCGUCUCUCUACUCUCUCAGUUUGCUUUAUCGUUUGAUGGAGCCGUUUUGGGCGCAGCCCUAGCUUAUGCUGCUGUUCGUACCGUCCUCAAACUCACUGCUUCUUGCUCCGCUCUCGAUGAGCUCCGUAAAGCUCCUUAUGUUAGUGUUUCUGAUCUUCGCCAUAUCAUUUCCGAUGGAGAUUCGGGAAAAUCCGAGUCCGAUCAUAAGCUUGUUGUAGUUCGUGGCACCGUGGAGGCCAGGUCGUCUGUGGAAGGUAAUUGGAAGAGCGUACAGCCUAAUGUAUUGAUUUCUCAAGAGUCCGGAGACAGAGCGGUGAUUAUUCAGCGUACUCAAAUGUGCAUAUUCAACGAAUGGAAAGGCUUCUUUGGAUGGACUUCUGAUUUACGUGCAAUUUUUGGAAGAACCUUUAGAAAGCAAGAGUCGACAUCAUUUAGAACGGUUCCUUUUGUCCUUGUUGAUGAGGGCCAUUCACCAUAUUCUGAUUUUGUUGUCGUUAACAUGGAUGGGUCAAGACAUCCUUUGCCUCUUACAACUGUGUAUCAUCAACUACAGCCCGUUUCAGCUACUCCUUAUACCUUCCUUCAAGCACUUUUUGGUCAUGAGUACCCUGUUGGGGUGCUUGAUGAGGAGAAAAUACUUCCAUUAGGAAAAAAUAUCAGUGCUGUUGGCAUAUGCAGUUUUAAAAAUGGAGUUCCUGUGAUAAAGUCAUGCAAGGAUUUUCCCCAUUUUCUAUGUGAAAUGACUAAGGAUCAGAUGAUUUUAGAUCUAGUCUUCAAAACAAAAUUUCUGUUUUGGAGUAGUGUUGUACUUGGUUCGCUGUCGGUUGGCGUUCUUGGUUAUUCUGUUGUGAGAAACUGGAAUAGAUGGAAACAAUGGAGGCAACAGAGACGGUUACAGGAUUCAGGGAAUGAUUCCACCAUGUCACAACUGGAUUCAAACAACAUUCCGAUUUAUGGUGAUUUUGGAACUGCAUCAGACAACGAGGAAGCAGUCGAUCCAGAGGACGAGGUAUCAUCAAACGUUCCAGAUGGUCAGUUGUGCGUGAUCUGUCUCAUGAGAAGAAAGCGCUCUGCUUUCAUUCCAUGUGGUCAUUUUGUUUGCUGUGAACGUUGUGCCAUGUCAGUUGAACGCGAUUCAGCUCCCAAAUGUCCCGUCUGCCGCCAGCAGAUCCGUAGUUCUGUGCGGAUUUACGAUUCAUGAGGAGAAACAAACGAUCUUUUCAGGUUCUAACCACGACACAUCUACAUAUACACAUCUCAUUCUUCUGGAUAGCCCUUUUUACUGAUACUGUUUGAAAUUUCAUAUCUAUGCCAGUCAUUCCCGUAGGCAGCAGAUCUGGAGUUUGUCUUUCCAUAUCUACUGUAACAAUUUAUCCAUGUAGUCGGUAUUUUGAUCACAGAGUUCGUUAAGAGUAUCUAAAGCCAAAUUUGAAGUGAUAUCUCUUGUAAAUUCCACAUAGUAUACUCUUUUACAUUGUAACUUGGUGAUAUAUGUGAUGAAAAGAAACUUCAAUAUUGGCUUUGUUA